ACAGUUGCCUGUCUUGUCUUCGGACUUGAAGAUAAAGACUUGGGACUUGCAAAUGACCGGUUCCACUUCUGGUAUUUAUGUAAAAUAAUAAAUACAAGCAGUGGAUCACAGACACCUCUUCCUGAAAACAAAGGGARGAGAAACAGAAAGUCAGACUCUGGUGAACUUUCACCUCCAUAUGAAGGUUUGUGAUCUUCUGUUUGCUUUCGGUUUUGUUCUUGUUGUUUCUUUGCCUUUAGCCACUUAUUUUAUCACCAAAGCUACUGAACCAAAGACUGUGGGCUGAAACAGCCUCUUCACAAUUUAAAGGAUUUUUUUCCAAAAAUGAAAAUGUCUUAAGGAUAGAGAAGUUGCCCGGAUCUUAAGUUUAAAGAAACGAUUCUUUAGGGUGUCGGUUUGUGUCUCUGUCAGACGUUGAUGAGGCUCCAGAUCAAACCUGACAAGAAAUCCAGUUUGUCCACAUACUGGUGAAAAAGACAAAGCACAUGCCACGUAUUGUGUCAAAGCUCCACCUUUCGCCCGGCACACCCAAACCAACAAGAUCCAGAUCAAAGAUGUACCAGAGACGACAAGAAACGCAACAUUUCUGGUGUUGACCGGCUUUGUUUAAAGAUCRCAGUCCAUUACAGCGAAGGGAAAGUUCACAUCUGGAGAAUGGCCUCGCUACAGGAUGAUCUCUCCUGCAUUAUCUGCCACGACAUCUUCAAAGAUCCCGUUCUCCUGCCGUGCAGCCACAGCUUUUGUAAAGUCUGUCUGCAGAACUGGUUCCAGGAUAAACGGAGGAAGCUCUGCCCAGUCUGCAGAAGAGAGGUUCCUGAAAGUGACCCUCCUUUGAACUUGGCUUUGAAGAACCUCUGCGAGGACUUCCUGCUGAGGGGAAACAAGAAACAAUCUGCAGGGCCCGUGGAUCUCUGUGGGCUCCACUCUGAGAAACUCAAACUGUUCUGCAUGGAUCAUAAGGAGCCCGUUUGCGUGGUCUGCAGAGACUCAAGGUCCCACGCAAACCACGAACUGAGACCCAUCGAUGAAGCUGCGGACCACCACAGACUGGAGCUCCUGGGGUUACUAGAACCUGUGAGGGAGAAGCUGAAGAUUUCCAAGAAGGUUAAAGAAAACUGCGACAAGACGUCAGAGCACAUAAAGGUCCAGGCCCGACGAACGGAGACGCGAAUCAGGCUGGAGUUUGAGAGGCUUCAUCAGUUUCUACGUGACGAAGAAGAGGCAAAGAUGGCUGCUCUGAGGGAGGAAACGGAGCAGAAGAGUCAGGUGAUGGUGCAAAAGAUCACAGGACUUAAUCAGGACAUAGCUACCUUUUCUGACACCAUCAGAGCGACGGAGGAGACGCUGAAAGCCCAAGACGUCUCGUUCUUGCAGAGCUACAAAUCUUUGGUUAAAGAAAUCCAGCAGUGCUUCCUGAUAGUUGAUCCAGAACCGGUUCCAGGAGCUCUGCUCRAUGAGGCCAAACACCUCGGCAACCUGAGCUACAACAUCUGGAACAAGAUGAAGGGGAUGGUCUCCUGCACCCCCCUGGUUCUGGAUCCAAACACSGCUCACCCAGAACUGACUCUGUCUGCAGAUCUGACCAGCCUGAGACGCGGGGAGAAGCAGAAACUCCCUGAAAACCCAGAGAGGUUCGACUCGUCCACCUCCGUCCUCGGUUCCGAGGGGUUCGACUCGGGGAGCCACAGCUGGGAGGUGGAGGUUGGAGACAGUUCCUCCUGGGAGGUGGGAGUCGCGGCCGAGUCUUUUCGGCAGCGGGGGGAGUCGGGCGAGCAGGAGGGGUUGUGGAAGGUGGCGUUCCUCAAAGAUAAAUAUGCAGCGAGCGCCUCCCCCCAGGGCCCGGACACCUCUAUCAUGCUGAAGAAGAUCCAGAAGAUCCGGGUUCACCUGAACUGGAGCAGAGGAAAACUGGUCUUCUCUGAUCCCGACUCCAACGCCUACAUUCACGCCUUCAGAGCCACUUUCACCGAGAAGCUGUUCCCGUACUUUAACACCAGCAAAGAAACGCCACUCAGGAUUUUACCUGUGGAUAUUUCUGAGAACAACACGGCUGGCAGGUGGUGGCCUUUUGCUUGAUUCAAUAAAACAGACCUGGAAAAACUGAAACAGUUCUGAUCUGUUAAAAAGAAAAAUCAGUAGGUCCUCUGGAUGGUUCUUCUUUAGU